AUGGCUGAUGAUGAUACAAAGCAGAUAGAUCAGGACAUUAAAAAAACAAUUGAUAGGACAUAUAAACACCAGCUGCAGUUACUCUUUCAUAAAGGUGCCAAUGUCAAUGCUAGGGACAGUAAUGGCUGGACUGAAUUGAUGCAUGCUUGUAAUUCUGGCUCUCUGGAAUAUGCACAGUGGCUAACAGAGCAUGGUGCAGAUGUCAAUGCUACGGACAGUGAUGGUUGUACUGCAUUGAUGUUGGCUUGUAAGUCUGGCUCUCUAGAAUGUACACAGUGGUUAACAGAGCAUGGUGCAGAUGUCAAUGCUAGGAACAAUGCUGAUUGGACUGCAUUGAUGUAUGCUUGUAGAUCUGGCCCUCUGGAAUGUACACAGUGGUUAGCAGAGCAUGGUGCAGAUGUCAAUGCUAGGAACAAUGAUGGUAUGACUGCAUUGAUGUUGGCUUGUAAGAUUGGCUCUCUUGAAUGUACACAGUGGUUAACAGAUUAUGGUGCUGAUGUCAAUGCCAAGGACUAUGAGGGUUUGACUGUAUUGAUGAAUGCUUGUAAGUCUGGCUCUCUGGAAUGUACACAGUGGCUAACAGAGCAUGGUGCAGAUGCCAAUGCUAGGAGCAAUGGUGGUGUGACUGCAUUGAUGUUGGCUUGUAAGUCUGGCUCUCUGGAAUGUACACAGUGGUUAACAGAGCAUGGUGCAGAUGUCAAGGCUAGGAGCAAUGGUGAAAAGACUGCAUUGAUGCUGGCUUGUGAGUUUGGCUCUCUAGUAUGUACACAGUGGUUAACAAAGCAUGGUGCAGAUGUCAAUGCUAGGGACAGUGAUGGUUGGACUGGAUUGAUGUAUGCUUGUAAGUUUGGCUCUCUAGAAUGUAUAAAGGGGUUAAAAAAGCAUGGUGCAGAUAUCAAUGCUAGGAACAAUACUGGUUGGACUGCAUUGAUGUUUGCUUGUAAGUCUGGCUCCCUAGAAUGUACACAGUGGUUAACAGAGCAUGGCGCAGAUGUCAAUGCUGGGAACAAGUAUGGUAGGACUGCAUUGAUGCUUGCUUGUAGUUCUGGCUCUCAGGGAUGUGCACAGUGGUUAACAGAGCAUGGUGCAGAUGUCAAUGCUAGGAACAAUGCUGAUUGGACUGCAUUGAUGUUGGCUUGUAAGUCUGGCUCUCUGGAAUGUACACAGUGGUUAACAGAUAAUUGUGCAGAUGCCAAUGCUAAGAACAAUGAUGGUUGGACUGCAUUGAUGCAUGCUUGUAGUUCUGGCUCUCUGGAAUGUACACAGUGGUUGACAGAGCAGGGUGCUGAUGUCAAUGCUAGGAACAAGGCUGGUUGGACAGCAUUGAUGCUGGCUUGUGAGUUUGGCUCUCUGGAAUGUACACAGUGGUUAAUAAAGCAAGGUGCAGAUGUCAAUGCUGAGAACAAUGAUGGUUGGACUGCAUUGAUCCAUGCUUGUAGUUCUGGCUCUCUGGAAUGUACACAGUGGUUAACAGAGCUGGGUGCAAAUGUCAAUGCUAGUGGCAGGGUUGGUUGGACCGCAUUGAUGUUGGCUUGUAAGUCUGGCUCCAUGGAAUGUACACAGUGGUUAACAGAGCAUGGUGCAGAUGUCAAUGCUGUGAACAAGCAUGGUAGGACUGCAUUGAUGCUGGCUUGUAGUUCUGGCUCUCAGGGAUGUGCACAGUGGUUAACAGAGCAUGGUGCAGAUGUCAAUGCUGGGAACAAGUACGGUAGGACUGCAUUGAUGUGGGCUUGUAGUUCUGGCUCUCGGGGAUGUGCACAGUGGUUAACAGAGCAUGGUGCAGAUGUCAAUGCUAGGGACAAUUCUGGUUGGACUGGAUUGAUGUUGGCAUGUAAGUCUGGCUCUCUAGAAUGUACACAGUGGUUAACAGAGCAUGGUGUAGAUGUCAAUGCUAGGGACAGUGAUGGUUGUACUGCAUUGAUGUAUGCUUGUAGUUCUGGUUCUCUCGGAUGUGCACAGUGGUUAACGGAGCAUGGUGCAGAUGUCAAUGCUGGGGACAGUGAUGGUUGGACUGCAUUGAUGUCGGCUUGUAAGUUUGGCUCUCUGGAAUGUACACAGUGGCUAACAGAGCAUGGUGCGGAUGUCAAUGCUAGGAACAAUGAUGGUUUGACUGCAUUGAUGCAGGCUUGUGAGUCUGGCUCUCUUGAAUGUACACAGUGGUUGACAGAGCAGGGUGCUGAUGUCAAUGCGAGGAACAAGGCUGGUUGGACUGCAUUGAUGUCGGCUUGUAGAUCUAGCACACUGGAAUGUACACAGUGGUUAACAGAGCAUGGUGCUGAUGUCAAUGCUAGGGACAGUACUGGUGAGACUGUAUUAAUGCAUGCUUGUAAGUCUGGCUCUCUAGAAUGUACACAGUGGCUAACAGAGCAUGGUGCAGAUGUCAAUGUUAAGAACAAUGAUGGUUGGACUGCAUUGAUGCAUGCUUGUAACUCUGGCUCUCUAGAACAUGCACAGUGGCUAACAGAGCAUGGCGCUGAUGUCAAUGCUAGGGACAAUGAUGGUGAGACUGUAUUGAUGCAUGCUUGUAACUCUGGCUCUCUUGAAUGUACACAGUGGUUAUCAGAGCAUGGUGCAGAUGUCAAUGCCAAACACAAAGAUGGCAAAACUGAACUAAUGAUUGCUAUUGAGAAAAGGUCUCUUGAAUGGAUAAAGAUGUUCACAGACCAUGGUGCAGAUGUCAAUACCAUAAGCACUGAUUGUAAAACUGCAUUGAUGCAUGCUUGUGAGACUGGCUGUCUUGAAUAUACACAGUGGUUAACAGAGCAUGGUGCUGAUGUCAACGCCGUAGACAAUAAUGGUCGGACUGCAUUGAUGUCUGCUUGUAAUUCUCACUCUCUAGAAUGUGCACAGUGGUUAGUAGACAAUGGUGCUGACGUUAAUUCCAGGGAUAAAAAGAACCAAACUGAACUGAUGAUGAGCAUUCAGGACAGAUCCAUUGAAUGGGUCAGAAUAUUUACAGAUGCCUGUGCAGAUGUCAAUGCAACUGAUGAUUUUGGCAACACGGCAGUCUCUUACAUAACUAAGUCCAAUCCACAACAUAAAGAACUAUAUUCUAUCCUUACCAUACUGGGUGCUAAAGAUGAGGAUUACAAACAUUUCAAGUCAUUAAAUAGCAAUGCAACUGAUGAUAAACAGCAUGAAGCUACUAUAAAACUUGAUGCCAUAAAAGCUAAAUGGAAGCUUAAUUUAUCAUACCAGGCGAGGCAGUCUCUUUAUCAGAUUUGUUUGUCAAACAACCAGCAAUACACAUACACAAUGAAAAGAUUAAUUAAAGAUGAGAUCUUGCCUUCUAAGCUUUCAAACUUUAUCAUGUUCAAGGAACAAGAUGAUAUCAGUGAGAUUACAGCUAUCUUUGAAACUCUCGACAAAAGUCAAAAAAUAAAAAAUACCCAAAUAUAUGAGGAAAAAACAUUAACAGUAAAAAUGACAAAUAAUGCUGAUAAUGAAACAUUACAAGAAUGCACUAGAUUGAUUGAAGACUCUUGUGCAGAUUUCAAUACCAGGAGCUAUGCUGCUUGGACUUUACUGAUGCAUGCAAGUAGCUCUGGUUCAAUGGCAUAUACUCGGCUGUUAACAAACUAUUGUGCAGAGGAUUUUGCUGAUAAUGAAAAUGGUCAUGCUGCAUUGAUUCUUGCUUGCAAGUCUGGCUCACCUGAAAGUGUUGAAUGGUUAACUAACCAUGGUGCAGAUAUCAAUGCCAGGACCAAUGAUGGUUUGACUGUUCUGAUGCUUGCUACUGUGUAUCGUUUUCAGAAAUGUACUCAACUGUUAACAGCACAUGGUGCAGAUGUAAAUACCAGGGACAGUGAUGGUUGUACUGCAUUAAUGCAUGCUUGUAGGUAUGGCUCUCUGGAAUGUACACAGUGGUUAACAGAGCAUGGUGCAAAUGUCAAUGCUAGGGACAAUAAUGGUUGUACUGCAUUGAUGUAUGCUUGUAGUUCUGGCUCUCUGGAAUUUACACAGUGGCUAACAGAGCAUGGUGCUGAUGUAAAUACCAGGGACAGUGAUGGUUGGACUGCAUUGAUGUAUGCUUGUAAGUCUGGCUUACUUGAAAGUGUUCAGUGUUUAACUGUCCAUGGUGCAAAUGUCAAUGACAGAAACAAAGAAGGUUCUACUGCAUUGAUGUAUUCUUAUGAAUCUGGCUCUCCUGAAUGUGCUCAGUGGUUAGCAGGGCAUGGUGCAAUUAUCGAUAUCAGUAGCAGGAAUCAAUGUACUGCUGUGAUGCUGGCUUGUACAUCUGGCUCUCUGAAAUGUGAUCAUACUGCCCAAUGGUUAAAAGACCAUGGUGCAGACAUCAAUGCUGGUGAUAAUAUUGGCUGGACUGCAUUGAUGCAUGCUUGUAAGUCUGGCUCCCUUGAAUGUACAAAGUGGUUAGCAGAGCAUGGUGCAGAUGUCAAUGUUGGUGAUAAUAUUGGUUGGACUGCAUUGAUGCAUGCUUGUAGGUAUGGCUCUCUGGAAUGUACACAGUGGUUAACAGAGCAUGGUGCAAAUGUCAAUGCUAGGGACAAUAAUGGUUGUACUGCAUUGAUGUAUGCUUGUAGUUCUGGCUCUCUGGAAUUUACACAGUGGCUAACAGAGCAUGGUGCUGAUGUAAAUACCAGGGACAGUGAUGGUUGGACUGCAUUGAUGUAUGCUUGUAAGUCUGGCUUACUUGAAAGUGUUCAGUGUUUAACUGUCCAUGGUGCAAAUGUCAAUGACAGAAACAAAGAAGGUUCUACUGCAUUGAUGUAUUCUUAUGAAUCUGGCUCUCCUGAAUGUGCUCAGUGGUUAGCAGGGCAUGGUGCAAUUAUCGAUAUCAGUAGCAGGAAUCAAUGUACUGCUGUGAUGCUGGCUUGUACAUCUGGCUCUCUGAAAUGUGAUCAUACUGCCCAAUGGUUAAAAGACCAUGGUGCAGACAUCAAUGCUGGUGAUAAUAUUGGCUGGACUGCAUUGAUGCAUGCUUGUAAGUCUGGCUCCCUUGAAUGUACAAAGUGGUUAGCAGAGCAUGGUGCAGAUGUCAAUGUUGGUGAUAAUAUUGGUUGGACUGCAUUGAUGCAUGCUUGUAAGUCUGGCUCUCUGGAAUGUACACAGUGGUUAACAGAGCAUGGUGCAGAUGUCAAUGCCAGGGACAGUGAUGGUUGGACUGCAUUGAUGCAUGCUUGUAAGUCUGGCUCUCUGGAAUAUACACAGUGGUUAACAGAGCAUGGUGCAGAUGUCAAUGCCAGGGACAGUGAUGGUUGGACUGGAUUGAUGCAUGCUUUUCAGUCUAGCUCUCUAGAAUGUAAACAGUGGUUAACAGAGCAUGGUGGAGAUGUCAAUGCUAGGGACAAUGAUGGUUGGACUGCAUUGAUGCAUGCUUUUCAGUCUAGCUCUCUAGAAUGUACACAGUGGUUAACAGAGCAUGGUGCAGAUGUCAAUGCCAGGGACAGUGAUGGUUGGACUGGAUUGAUGCAUGCUUUUCAGUCUAGCUCUCUAGAAUGUAAACAGUGGUUAACAGAGCAUGGUGCAGAUGUCAAUGCUAGGGACAAUGAUGGUUGGACUGCAUUGAUGCAUGCUUUUCAGUCUAGCUCUCUGGAAUGUACAAAGUGGUUAACAGAGCAUGGUGCAGAUGUCAAUGCUAGGGACUAUUAUGGUAGGACUGCAUUGAUGUUAGCUUGUAGGUCUGCCUCUCUGGAAUGUACACAGUGGUUAACAGAGCAUGGUGCCGAUGUCAAUGCUAGGACCAAUGAUGGUUUAACUGUUCUGAUGCUUGCUACUGCGUAUCAUUCUCAGAAAUGUACUCAAUUGUUAACAGCACAUGGUGCUGAUGUAAAUGCCAGAGACAGUGAUGGUAGGACUGCAUUGAUGCAAGCUUUUCAGUCUAGCUCUCUGGAAUGUACAAUGUGGUUAACAGAGCAUGGUGCAGAUGUCAAUGCUAGGGACUAUUAUGGUAGGACUGCAUUGAUGUUGGCUUGUAAGUCUGGCUCUCUAGAAUGUACAAAGUGGUUAACAGAGCAUGGUGCAGAUAUCAAUGCUAGGGACCAUUAUGGUAGGACUGCAUUGAUGUUGGCUUGUAAGUCUGGCUCUCUGGAAUGUACACAGUGGUUAACAGAGCAUGGUGCAGAUGUCAAUGCUAGGAACAGUGAUGGUUGGACUGCAUUGAUGCAUGCUUUUCAGUCUGACUCUCUGGAAUGUGCAAAGUGGUUAACAGACCAUGGUGCUGAUGUCAAUGCCAAGGACAAUAAUGGUUGGACUGCAUUGAUGCAUGAUUGUAAGUCUGGCUCUCUAGAAUCUGCAAAGUGGUUAACAGAGCAUGGUGCUGAUGUCAAUGCUAGGGACAAUGCUGCUUGGACUGCAUUGAUGCUUGCUUGUGAGAUUGGCUCUCUGGAAUGUACACAGAGGUUAGGAGAGCAUGGUGCAGAUGCCAAUGCUAGGGACAGUGAUGGUUGGACUGCAUUAAUGUGGGCUUGUAAGUCUGGAUCUCUAGAAUGUACACAGUGGUUAGCAGAGCAUGGUGCAGAUGUCAAUGCUAGGGACAAUGGUGAUGUGACUGCAUUGAUGUGGGCUUGUAAGUUUGGCUCUGUGGAAUGUACACAGCGGUUAACAGAGCAUGAAGCAGAUGUCAAUGCUAGGGACAGUGAUGGUUGGACUGCAUUGAUGCAUGCUUGUAAAUUUGGCUCUCUUGGAUGUACACAGUGGUUAACAGACCAUGGUGCAGAUAUGAAUGCUAAGGACAUUUAUGGUUGGACUGCAUUGAUGCAUGCUUGUAAGUCUGGCUCUCUUGAAUGUAUUUGGUGGUUAACAGACCAUGGUGCUGAAGUCAAUGCUAGGAACAGUGAUGGUUGGACUGCAUUGAUGCAGGCUUGUAUAUCUGGCUCCUUUGGAUGCACACAGUUGUUAAUAGAGCAGGGUGCAAAUGUUGAUUCCAGAAUCAAUGGUUGUUCUGCACUGAUGCAUGCUUGUAAAUCUGGCUCUCUUGAAUGUACUCAGUGGUUAACAGACCAUGUUGCAGAUAUGAAUGCUAGGGACAGUGAUGGUUGGACUGCAUUAAUGCAUGCUUGUAGUUCUGGCUCUCCUGAAUGUACACAGUGGUUAACAGAUCAUGGUGCUGAUGUCAAUACUGGGGACAAUGCUGCUUGUUCUUCAUUGAUGCAUGCUUGUAAAUCUGGCUCUCUUGAAUGUACUCAAUGGUUAACAGACCAUGGUGCAGAUAUAAAUGCUAAGGACAGUGAUGGUUGGACUGCAUUAAUGCAUGCUUGUAGUUCUGGCUCUCUUGAAUGUACUCAGUGGUUAACAGAUCAUGGUGCAGAUAUGAAUGCUAGGGACAGUGAUGGUUGUACAGCAUCAAUGUUGGCUUGUAAGUCUGGCUCUCUGGAAUGUACGCAGUGGUUAACAGAGCAUGGUGCUGAUAUAAAUGCUAGGGACAAUGCUGCUUGGACUGCAUUGAUGCUUGCUUGUGAGGCUGGCUCUCUGGAAUGUACACAGUGGUUAGGAGAGCAUGGUGCAGAUGUCAAUGCUAGGGACAGUGAAGGUUGGACUACAUUGAUGUGGGCUUGUAAGUCUGGCUCUCUGGAAUGUACACAGUGGUUAACAGAGCAUGGUGCAGAUGUCAAUGCUGGGGACAGUACUGGUUUGACUGCAUUGAUGUAUGCUUGUAGUUCUGGGUCUCUUGAAUGUACACAGUGGUUAACAGACCAUGGUGCAAAUGUCAAUGCUAGGAACAUUGAUGGUUGGACUGCAUUGAUGUUGGCUUGUAGAUAUGGCUUUCUGGAAUGUACACAGUGGUUAACAGACCAUGGUGCUGAUGUCAAUAUCAAAGACAAAAGUGGUUGGACUGCAUUGAUGUAUGCUUGUAGUUCUGUAUCUCUUGAAUGCACACAGUGGUUAAUAGAACAUGGUGUUGAUGUCAAUGCUAAAGACUACAAUGGUUUGACUGCAUUGAUGUAUGCUUGCAAACUCAGGUCUGUGGAAUGUACAAAGUGGUUAACAGAGCAUGGUGCAGAUGUCAAUGCAAAGAGCAAUGAUGGGUUUUCUGCAUUGAUGUAUGCUUGCAAAUUCAGGUCUGUGGAAUGUACAAAGUGGUUAACAGAGCAUGGUGCAGAUGUCAAUGCCAAGAGCAAUGAUGGGUUUUCUGCAUUGAUGUAUGCUUGCAAAUUCAGGUCUGUGGAAUGUACAAAGUGGUUAACAGAGCAUGGUGCAGAUGUCAAUGCCAAGAGCAAUGAUGGGUUAUCUGCAUUGAUGUAUGCUUGCAAAUUCAGGUCUGUGGAAUGUACAAAGUGGUUAACAGAGCAUGAUGCAGAUGUCAAUGCCAAGAGCAAUGAUGGGUUUUCUGCAUUGAUGUAUGCUUGCAAAUUCAGGUCUGUGGAAUGUACAAAGUGGUUAACAGAGCAUGGUGCAGAUGUCAAUGCCAAGAGCAAUGAUGGUUUUUCUGCAUUGAUGCAUGCUCGUUAUUCUGGGUGUCUGGAAUGUACUCAGUGGUUGACAGAGCAUGAUGCAAGUAUCAAUGCUGGUAAAAAAAAAUAUCUGCAGACUUCAUUGGUGGAAAAGGUUAGGAAAAGACCAUUUAAGAAACUGGAACUACGACAUGAGGAUCUGCUUCAAAGAAUUCCUGUUGUGAAGUUCUAUGGUAUGGAAAAGGAUGGCUGCUAUGCUAUACACAUAGUUGAUGGAUGUGUCAAGAAGACAUCAGCUUUCAUACAGCAACAAAUACCAGGGUACCAAUUUCGCUUCGUUCCCUGGAGGAAGGAUGAAAGUAUCGAGUUACUCAGGGGAUGUACAGGAGGACCUUUACACAGCAGGGAACGUCAACUUAGUGACGAAGGUAUCGUUGACAAUUUUGUGACAUAUCCACAUGGUACUAUUGGGGGGAUGGCCUCACUCACUAACAAAACUGAUAGCACUAAAGAUGAAAUGUAUGUUCUCACUGCCAACCAUGUGGUAGGAAAAGACCAUCCUAAUAAAGAAUAUAUUUCUUGGUCAAAUGAAAAUCAAAGUGAUAAACAAAUAAUAGGCACAACAGUUCCAUAUCGAAUACCUUUGAAAAUGAUCAAAAACGAGGAGUUGAAGAAGGGACAACCUUCAAAUGAAUUAAGUGAUAGCUGUGAUGCUGAAAAGAAAGAUAACAAUUAUGCCAGAGAAAAAUUAAUCAUUGAAAAUAAAAACAGUUACAGAGAUAAUCAUACAAAUCAGGAUGAAAACAACAUUGACAUAUUCUCUGAUAAUAAUUGUCAAGCUAUCAAUCUUAGUAAGGAGAGUGGGAAAGAAGAACAUUACCAACAGUUUGACAUCGCUUGUAUCAGGGUAGACAAUCAAAAUAUUUAUGCACAAUAUGAAGGUUGUUCUAAGUGCUGUACUGUAAUGACUAAUUCUGUCAUUGGGAAUGAGAACAAGAUCCAUUGUGAAGAAAAGAAAUAUACUGACCUGACUGCUGAAGAAGAUGGGAUGAAAAUGAUGGUAGACUCUAUAGUGAUAAAGUUAGGAUCAGACAAAAGGGCCAUGAAAGGGAGAGUUGUAAAUGUUGGUGCAGCAGGUGAAAUUAAACUUAACAAAAAGUCUGCAUGGGUCAGAAACAUGAUUACCAUAUGCGCAGAAAGUUUAGAUUCCGAUACUGAUUCUGACAUUACAUUUACACAAAAGGGAGACAGUGGCACUAUAGUUUGUUUAAAACCUGGGGAUAACUCCAGUGGAAACCAUCAACCAGACUGUUGGAUGAUAUUUGCUGGUUGGGAUAGGAGAAAUGAGUUCAAUAUGUGUAAACAUUCUGUGUCUCUAGCAUUCUCUGUGAGUGGUGCCCUAAACAAUUUGAAUAAACAAGCCAAUGACAGCAAUGACUCUUUUGAUAGAACAUUCAAAUUGUCCUGCUGCAAGAGUGUCAUUCAAUCUUCAGCCUGUGUCUCACAAAGGGACAGCCACACAUGGACUGAAAGCCAAGAAUCAAUUAGUAUUUCGCAAAAUGCCAGUGAAAGCCCAGAAACAUCAAUUAGAGUUUCACAAAGUGCCAGUGAAUCAGAAAAUAAAGGCACUGCCUUAGCAAUCAGUGUGAAAGAAUCAAACAAUGAAGAUUCAGAAAGUAGAGAUAGUAUAUUCAGAAGAAUGUGGAGAAUGUUAUGCUGCAAAAAAAUGAUUCAAAUGCCAACCAAUGCUCCACAAAUAGAUUUUGUUGAGACUUUUACCAAGUCUGGCCCUAGUAAGUUAGAAGAGAACAAUAAGGACAAUGGAGGACUUCAAAACUCAUUGAGUGCCUCACAAAGACACAAAAGUGAGUCAGAAAACAAAAGAACUUCCUGUGUGACAGGAAUAACAGACAGUAGUAGUAAGGCAGAAGAUGAAGGUUCUCCACUUUCUCAGAAUGACAAAAGUGAGUCAGAAAAAGAAAGUACGGAAGGAAUAACAGACAGAAAAAACUUAUCAAGUAGACCAGGUCUAUAUAAUAGCUAUUGGGCCAAUUAUUACUUCAAGCGAUCUGAUGUGUCUGACAGUUGUAGUGAAUCAGAAGAUGAAGUCACACCACUAUUAAGCAGCAAUGCACAUUGAUGACAAUAAGUGAUGGCAACACUAACAGAAUUUAUAUCUGUAUUUUAUGUGCUUUGCUUCUUCAUUAUCUUUUGAUGGAUAGUGAGAUUUAGAUUAUCUAAGAGUGAAAGGUGGAGUGAAAAAUAUGGCUUAAUAUCUUGGAUAGUUUACUAAAUCUGCUAAAAUAUGUCUUAAAAUCCCCUUAGUCUACCUAAAGUAGUUAAAAUCUUAAUUAUAUAGCAUAAUAUAUACUGUAUAUAGACAAUAUACAGGGUG